CUCCGGGCAGAUAUGGCCUGGGUUUGGCCGUGAACUGCCAGACUUUGAAGCAGCAAGGGCUUACAGGGGCAGAAGCUGAGCCCUGGCAAUAAGUCUCUCCCCAGGGGCUCAGCUAGAGGAACGACUGUGGGUUUCCUACGGCCAUCUUCUCCGCAAGGAGGUAGAGGAGCCCAUGAUAAAGAUCCCGGAGGUGUAGACCUGGAGUGAUCGGGAAAGGCCUGCUCCUUGCCCACUCCCAGAGCCUUUGCACCCAGCGAGGAUGGCACGACACUACCAGCUUGCUCUCGGAGGGCACAGGGAGGAGGCACCCGACCCCUGGUGGCAGCUGCAGCAGGCGCAGGAGGGCAGCCCGCAGCUGGGUGUGCGUGGGUGGAAGCCAGGAGGGGCGGAGGGAGGAAGCUGGCUUCCUGAAGCCUCUCAGUCCUCAAAGAUAGACGGACUGACAGACAGCUGGCAAGAGGCAGCCUGGGGGACACAGCUGCUUCAGACGUUGUCUUUCAGGCAGUCCUCAUGGCUGAGUGAGCUUUCCUUGAGCCCAGCAAACUACCCCAGCAUGGUCCAGGCCUGUGAGGGGCGCUCCAGAGCACAGCCACCGACCUUGUUUCUGGGGGCAGCCAUGACCCAGCCUCCACCCACCAAAGCUCCAGCCAAGAAGCAUGUGCGCCUGCAGGAGAGAAGGGGCUCCAGUGUGGCUCUGAUGCUCGAUGUGAGGUCCUUGGGCGCCGUGGAACCCAUCUGCUCAGUGAACACACCCCGGGAGGUCACAAUACACUUUCUGCGCACAGCCGGACACCCCCUUACACGCUGGGGUCUACAGCACCAGCCACCCAGCCCCAAGCAGCUAGAGGAAGAGUUCUUGAUCCCCUCAAACUUUGUCAACCCUGAAGACCUGGAUAUCCCUGGUCAUGCCUCCAAGGACCGAUACAAGACCAUCUUGCCAAAUCCCCAGAGCCGCGUCUGUCUCAGCCGGGCACAGAGCCAGGAAGAUGGCGACUACAUCAAUGCCAACUACAUUCGAGGCUAUGACGGCCAGGAGAAGGUCUACAUUGCCACCCAGGGCCCCAUGCCAAACACUGUCGCGGACUUCUGGGAGAUGGUGUGGCAAGAAGAAGUCUGCCUCAUUGUCAUGCUCACCCAGCUUCGAGAGGGCAAGGAGAAAUGUGUACAUUACUGGCCCACAGAAGAGGAAACCUAUGGGCCCUUCCGGAUCCGCAUCCAGGACACUAAAGAACACCCAGAAUAUACUGUGAGACAGCUUACCAUCCAGCACCAAGAGGAAUGCCGGUCAGUAAAGCACAUCCUCUUCUCGGCCUGGCCAGACCACCAGACUCCAGAAUCCGCUGGGCCCCUGCUGCGCCUGGUGGCUGAGGUGGAGAGCCCAGAGACAGCGGCCAACUCUGGGCCUAUCGUGGUCCACUGCAGCCUAGCUCCAACCUUCCUAGCUCACCUGUCUCCCCGUGCCCUGGUCUGCUGUGACCUCCCCAUCCUCUCCCUGGUUACAUCCAGUGCAGGGAUUGGCCGGACAGGCUGCUUCAUCGCCACCCGCAUCGGCUGCCAGCAGCUGAAGGCCCGAGGGGAAGUGGACAUUCUGGGCAUCGUAUGCCAACUGCGCCUAGACAGAGGAGGCAUGAUCCAGACUGCAGAACAGUACCAGUUCCUGCACCACACGCUGGCCCUGUAUGCAGCCCAGCUGCCCCAGGAGCCCAGCCCCUGAUCCCUUUGCCCUCCACCAGUCCAGGGACCAACCUCCCUGCAGGCCUGGGAUGGUGGAUCUGGGGAAGUGGGCUGUGUGCGCUGGGACAGCUUCUUCAUAGGCACAGAAAAGGGGACUUCAUUAAUGAGGAGGCUUACUGUCCCAGGAAACUGCUCCAGCAAGCAACAGGAGCCUGGCCAUGGGGCUUCACCACCAACCACUCCUCUGCCUUCUCCAGUGGCCCUCGGUGGACUAUAGAGGAGCUGCCGGUGGCUCUGAACUUACAGACAGGAGCUGUACUUGAAAUGGAUUGAGAAAGAAGCUGGGGUGCUCAUCUUAUCUCAUGUGCUCUCUGUGGGCUUUUUUCCUGUUGGUGACACCAAGAGUCAGCCCUUUGCUGCCAUCAUGGAAGCAAACAGAAUGUUCCCGAAAGCCUUUCAAGAUGUAGCCAUGCUGCUGAGACAAUUACUGCCGAAUCCUCUUCCAUUAAGGCCUUGCCCACACACGAGACAGACGCAAGAGCAGGAAAACGUCUGGUCUAACCUUGGCUAAAUCCUCUACAUUCUACAUAGAUUGCUUCACCCCGUAUACCUGUGAUCCCCCUCAGAAGACAAGAAAGACCCCGAUUGGCCUGCCUCCACACGUGUUGUAAGAGGAGAUGCAGAGGCGACCAGGUCUAGCAGCUGAGAUCACUGGAAGAGCCGGGUGUGACAAUGCAUACCUGUCAUCCCAGGAGCACUCAGGAGCAGAAGCAGGGGGAUUGCUGCAAGUUGGAGCCUGGCUAGAUCUACAUUUUUUGAGUUCCAAGCCAGCCAGAACAACAUAGUAAAACCUUAUUUUAAAUUGAAAAAAAAAAAGCAUUCUGGAGCUCUCUGGGAGCAACAAUGUAUAGAGGCAAUGUAUAGGAGCCAUUCAGAGAUCAGACAACUCCCGCUGCCUCUGUGACUUCCUGCCAUCUGCUCCCCAACCACUUUCUAGGGAAGCACUCUCUGCCUUUCUUCCAUGACUUUAGAGCAUGCCCUGGGUAUCCAUGAAGUACCAAAGAAAGAGGAGAGAAGAGACGAAGGGCUGUGUAUGGUUCUAGAAAACCUACCCGCCAUAUCUUCCCGGGCCUGUAUUUAUUUGCAGAGCAUACCUGGAUAGCUUAACUUGUUCCAGAAACAGGCUGGGCUAUCACCACUGCACACAGCACAGGGCUAAAACCAAACCUCAGGCCUCAUCCAUUUCCAGGGACCCACAACCUAUCUCAGGGUUGAACUAUAUACCCCAGAAAGCCAGACAAGUCCUGAGUCACCCUUGAUCCAGUUUGGGCUACCUGUGGGGAUGAAGAUGGGACAGUAUUCCUGCUGUCUGGUCCUAGGGUCCUGGAUGUGCUGUGGCUCGCAUGAGUCCUCUGUGAAAACCACAAGGAGCUCGAUCCUGGUGAGUGACUGCCCUUUUGCUUCACGGCACCUCUCUGAAGGACACGCAGUACUGCUGGGCAGGGAGGCACAAGCCUGAGAUUCGCACUUGGAAAGCAGAGGCAGGAGAAUCAAGAGUUCCAAACUAGCCUUGACUACCUGUGAUCCCAUCUAAAAAACAAAUAAAUAAAAAGAAACAAAAACAAGCAAACAAAAAGUGUAGCUUUGGUGCUUGUCCUGGAACUAGCUCUUAUAGACCAGGUUGGCCUCGAACUCACAGAGAUGCACCUGUCUCUGCCUCCUGAGUGCUGGAAUUAAAGGUGUGCGCCACCGUCGCCCGACCGAGGUUGAAUUUCUUAAUGUUCCUCCUCAGCUUAACUAGGGAUUCCACUUCAGCUUUGUGGUGAUGGCGCUUGCUCUUCCACUUUCUGAAGCUCCCUGAAAGAUUUGUGCUGCCCAAGCAGGCUCUAAAGUACCUGAUGCUGCCGUGAGCUCAGAGCCAGUUCAGAUGGGAGCAAUUGCACAGCCUCCCUUCACUGCCACCCCAACCCUGUUCUAGGGAACACAGGCUCUAGGAAAAAAAAAUAAUAAAGACUUCUUGGAUGUCCAGUUAA